AUGGCGGAAAACCAGGCUGCGUGGCUUACUGAAGCCGGCGCUUACCCCUUUGCUGUCAACGAUGGACCCAAGCCUACCCCAGGUCCUGGAGAAAUCAUCAUCAAGAAUGCAGCUGUGGCCAUAGCUCUAGCUGCAGCAAUCCCGGAUAACUUGAGCUUUGAGCAGGCUGUCGUUCUGCCACUCGCAAUCUCCACUGCUUGUGCAGGACUUUACCAAAAAGAAUACCUUAAUCUCCCUGAUUGUUAA